GUAGGGCCUGCAGGGCCUGGGUUCAUAGGCCCAAAAGCAAUAGGCAAUCAGCUGUAAGCCCUGCAAAGCCCAACUGAGUAAGGAUCGCCCCUUACUCUGCAAUCGACUGCAGGCCCUGCAAGGCCUGGGCGCAUAGGCCCAAAGCCUGCACCCUUAGGCCCAGGAGCUUUGGGCCUAUGGGUGCAGGCUUUGGGCCUACUCACCCGGGCCUCUCAGGGCCUCCAGGCUUGGAGCCCGCCUUUCAUUUCAAGUCAGUUUUUGUUUUGUUGAGGGUCUUUCUGUUUUGUGCCAUCCAAAUGGGCGAUACAAAAGAAAAACACAAAUGAAACAUAUGAGACAAAUACUGCACACAUCUCUAAUGGACAUUGAUCAGAAUGCCCUAAAUAACCUAUUUGCUUUUUUCCUAGUAAAGUAAAAGAGGGCUCUGUAUCUCUGUAGGUUAUGAAACUGGAAACGUUUAACUUGUGAAUGCUACAGAUUUAGAGGAAAUCUUACGAGCAUAUGCAUGUAUGACUAGGUUCUGGGUAAAGAUUUUGUUUUAUUCAGCUCAAAUUGUAUCAGAGCUCAUAUCUGAUUAUUCAGACAACUGUAGUAUAAAUAAGCUGGGGAAAAAUAAUGAUCAAACAGUUUGUCUUCCAUUUUUAUAUACUGUUUAAUGAGAAAUGGGGAGUUCUGUAGGUUGUACCUGCAUUCAGCCACAGGGUGGCAAUAUAGGCUAAUACAUAACUGUGUUCAUGUGCAAAGCAAUUCACAGGGAACAAGGGUAGAAUUCUUCCUGAAGUGAGAUAGCUAGCAUCCAUAUGUGAUGCAAUUAUGUUCAGUGUACCGUUCCAAUUAGUAGAACAAAAUUAAUUUCUUCAUCAGUUGAAGUGUGUCAAAAUCUUUAUAUUUGGAUUAAAAUAGAGGGGAAAAGGACAGAGAGCAAGAGGUAUAAACCAUGGAAGACUACUUCAGGAACAAACAAGGUCUGUGUUUUUUACUAUUCUUUUGUGUUACUAAUGUACUGUGUGUCUCAAUUCAUUAUUCUGUGCCUGAAGAGAAGAAAAUUGGCUCUCUUGUGGCUAACGUAUUGAAGGAUUUGAAACUGGGAGUCGGGGAGCUCUCUGCUCGAAGACCUCAGCUAGUAUCUGAAACCUCUAAACAGUAUUUCCGCCUUGAUAUCCACUCUGGGAAUCUGCUCAUAAGUGACAAAAUAGACAGAGAAGCAUUGUGUGGACACACUGAACCUUGUUUACUUGUCUCCCAAAUUGUGCUACAAAAUCCUCUGAAGAUCUAUAGUGUUGAAAUAAAGGUAGAAGAUGUUAAUGACAAUGCUCCCAAAUUCUUUAAGAAUGUUUUCCAGUUUGAAAUUCCUGAGAAUGUUCCUUCAAAUACAAGAUUCCACUUGGAAUAUGCUCGGGAUGAAGACCUGGGAGAAAACAGUAUCCAAAACUACACGCUCAGUCCCAAUGAACAUUUCCACCUGGGUGUGGAAAACAAUACUGAUGGAAGCAAAUAUGUGACUCUCAUCCUGGAGAAAGCUCUGGACAGAGAGAAAGAGAACCAUUUGGGCCUGACACUUACAGCUGUUGAUGGAGGAGUACCCCAGAGAACAGGCACAAUUCAAAUUAAUGUUAAUGUUCUGGACAUCAAUGAUAACUUUCCUGAAUUUACUCAGUCUGAAUACAAAGCAAUAUUGAAGGAAAACUGUCCAAGGGAUACUUUGGUGUCCAGAGUAGAAGCCAGAGAUUUGGAUUUUGGAUCAAAUGCUCAGAUCACCUACUCAUUCUAUCAAAUAACUGAAGAAAUUCAGAGUUUGUUUCAUUUGAAUGAAAUAACUGGAGAAAUCACUGUUUUGGGAGAAAUUGAUUAUGAAAAAGAAACAAAUUAUGAAAUGACUAUUAAAGCAAUAGAUGGAGGAGGACUUUCAGGGCACUGCAAGGUCCUAGUGGAAGUUGGGGAUAUGAAUGAUAAUGCCCCAGAAGUCUCAGUCAUAUCGAUCAACAGCCCUUUGCCAGAGGAUUCUCCACUUGAGACACUUGUUGUACUCUUUAGCAUCAAAGACCAAGACUCUGGAGACAAUGGAAAAGCUCUCUGUUCUGUGGAUAUGAAUUUGCCCUUUGUUUUAAAAGUUACUACAAAUAGUUUUUACCAACUUGUGAUACAAAGUCCCCUGGACAGAGAGAAGUUUGCAGAAUAUAAUAUCACCAUCACAGCAAUAGAUCGUGGAUCUCCUAGGCUCACCUCAACAAGAAUUGUCAAUGUGCAGAUAUCAGAUGUUAAUGACAAUCCCCCAGUAUUUGAAAAGUCUUUCUUUGAAAUGCGGGUACAAGAAAACAAUAUUCCGGGACUGCUCAUUGGCUCAGUCCAAGCUGUUGAUCUGGAUACAGAGCAAAAUGCCAAACUGUCCUAUUCUCUUAUACCUGGGAACAUUGGUGGUGGCCCUGUGGCCUCUUACAUCUCCAUCAACUCUGAAACAGGAAACAUGUAUGCCCUUCGAUCUCUGGACUAUGAGAAAAUUAAAGAUUUCAAAGUCACAGUAAAAGCAACCGACAGCGGCACUCUUCCUCUGAGCUCAAAUGUUGUUGUCCAUGUCGUCAUCACAGAUGAAAAUGACAACACUCCCUUCUUCCUGUAUCCCCUUCAGAACAGCACAUCCCCCUGCAAUGAGCUACUUCCCAAGAUAGCGGAUGCCGGUUACCUGAUCACCAAAGUGGUGGCUGUGGAUGGAGAUUCUGGUCAGAACUCUUGGCUUUCCUAUGAACUCCUGAAGGCCACAGACCCUGGUCUUUUCAGCAUAGGAGCCCAGAAUGGAGAAGUGAAAACUAGGAGACCACUGACUGAGAAAGACACCAGCAAACAAAGGCUUAUUAUUGCAGUCAGGGACAAUGGUGUCCCUCCUCAGACCAGCACUGCAAUGAUCAAUAUUCUUCUGGUAGAUGGCUUUUCUGAUCCUUACUUGAAAGUGGUGGAUGUCCGUCAGCAGGAGCCUGAAGAUGAGGGAACCUUGACUAUGUAUUUGGUGAUCUGCCUGGCAUCUGUCUCUUUUGUGUUUCUGCUCUGUAUUGUUUCCUUUGUUGGGAUCAAGAUGUGCAAGAAAGACCAUGGAAGCAGUUUUAUUGUCGCCCCUCCUCACUUUCCGCCUGCUAUUCCAGAGAACUGUACCGAUUCUCAGAGUGGCUCACUUUCCAGGAAUUAUCAAUAUGAUGUGUGUUUAACGAAUGGAUCCCUGAGCAGUGAGUUCAGAUUUCUCCGGCCUCUCAUUCCUGUUUUUUCUAUGGCGGAUCCAAACAUUGCUGUGAACCACAAUAUCUCUUCUGUUUCCCAAGAUCAUCCUGAGUGUUUGGAUGACAAUAAUGCAAGUGAGCAGGUGAGAAAUUAG